AAAUCAGUAAACAAAAAGUUAUAAUAGAAACAUUCAGAUCUAGAUCUAUCUAGAUCUAGAAUCUAGGGUAUAGACUUAUAUCUAUGUAGACUCUAUUUAUAAAUCUAUACAUAGAUACACACUAGGUCUAGAUCUAUGGUUUACAUUUAGCUAGAUUUGAUUUUGAUCUAAUCUGAAUCUCACUGAUUCUAGAUCUAGAUUAGAACUUUUUAAAGCUUCAAGAUCCAGGAUAAGGUCUUUUUCUAAUAAUGAAUACCUCAACUGUCAUAUUAAAAUUUGGACAAGAAAAAAAUUGCUUUUUACAUCUUUCUGACCGAGUGGGUCGAUCUUCCAACACUGCCAGUAAUCAUCAUGAGGUGAUUGUAUAUGAGACAGAAGUACCAUCUGGACAGAAAGCUUAUUUCACAGUCGUGGGCAACAAUGUCGAACUCAAUUCUGGGGACACUGUAGAAUUGAGUAAAGACUAUGCCAGUAAACUUGGAUUCAAAGAGGACAAUGAAUUUCCUAUGCCCUUAAAAGCUUUGGGUCAAAUUCCUUCCGCCAAGCGUGUCCUGGUGGACCCUUACACAGUGGAUGACUGGGAACUCAUUUCCAGUCAGCCAUCACUAGUUGAAAGUCAAAUUUUAAAUCAAGUCAGAGUUGUUUGGCCUGGACAGUUACUGCCAAUCUGGAUCAAAAAAUAUAUGUGCAUCACUCUGAAAAUAAGUAGCAUAGAACCUGAAGGACCUUGUGUGCUCCUGGAACCAAAUUCUGAAAUUAUUAUAAACCAAAAGAGAAGAAUGAUCAGUGCACCCAGUACACUUGGCAUACGACAUUCUCCAUCCAAUGAGAAUGUCAAACGAUGGGAUUCCCUAGACAAUGGAUUAGAUACACUGGAACCAAAACCCUUGCACAGCCCCAGCAAAAGUCAUAAUGAUAUUACCAAGCGAAAUUUUCGCAGACGAAAUGUCACCAAUCCAGAGAAUCGAUAUAGCCAGACAAUGCAUAGACAAACCUCUGUCAUGAGUUGGAUGAGACUCUCCUUGUAUUUUGUUACCAGCACUAGAUUUAAAUCAUGUCCGCAAGGCACACUGUGGUGGGCAUUUUUCCAGCAGCCUCCUGUGGACCCUAAAAAGUCUCCAGAUGCAGGGUCAGCUAUAGAUUUUUCCAUGAGCAAGCAGCCAUCUAGAAGUGGUGUCCUCAGAGUUCAGCCAAUGAAAAUAAGGCACAGGCUAGACCAGAGUUUUCCUAUCAAUAAAUCGGCCGUCCAUCAACAGAUAACCACAAGAGUAUCCUCAAAAGACCUGGGAAAGGUUGAACCCAGCCCUGUCAAUAAGAGCCACUUUAAUGUCCCUUAUGAAAUCUUUCAGCCAUCUACAGUAUACGUGGAUGCAGAAAGCUCAAAAAAUGAACGCCUCCUGCACCCGUACGUACCAGUGCUGCCCUCUGUUUUCAUCGCUAGAAUGAAGAAACUCCCAUCUCCGGCUGAAAAAGCACUUAAAUCAAGCAAGAAUGUCACCACAACCGCUGGGCAGGGAGACAACCCAGAGAACAAUGGCCAAGCUAUAGAGGCUUCCAAUUUCAAUGACGGGUGUUAUGUCAGGGUGGUUGCGAUAGACAGAAAGGCUGGUCUGACAGAUAAGCUUUGGCUUAAUGCAGUCGAUGAGGUUCUAAGUGAGCAGCCAUUAUUAUUUGGUCAUGUCAUUAUACCAGACUCUUUGAGGGGCCAGUUAAAACUAGAAGCUACUAGUUCUGUUUGGUUAAAAACUGGUUCAUUUGAACCAAUCAUACUAAAAAAAGUCAAUAUCUUUUGUGUGAAAAGUGCUCUUCCCAAAGGUGUGUCCCUGGACUCUCUGAAGGCUUCUUUUGUUCAUUACAUCAAGCAGUGUGCUGAUAUCAAGCAUCCUAUUGUAGUUUUCCAAGGAAUGUUAAUUAAGUUUAUGACCAUCAUAGGGACACCAGUAGAGGUUCAGCUAACUUUCUCUGGGGACAACCCAGCUAAUAUAAAUGACUUCACUUUGUUGAGCGAAGCCAACAUUGAUUCUGUAUUGUUGGUUGUGGAACAAGAUGACAAGGCUGAUAAGCUAGGGGUCAUCAGCAAUAUCUUACCUUCUCAGCCUGUUGAUCCAAAACCUUUGACUAAUAAACUUACAAACUUAGGAGGAAUGGAUGAAAUUAUUGAUCAAGCUAUCUCACACAUUCAUGCAUGUCUGGGUGUGAGACCUUUGAGCCAGCACAACUUUUUGCCUCAUGUUGGACUUUGCCAUGGUUUCUUGCUCAUCACCGGGCCCAAUGGUUGUGGCAAGUCAUCUGUGAUCAGAGCCAUUGCAGCCAAGCUGAGUGACCUGCCGGUAUUGGCUCAUGUUAAUUAUGUCGAUUGCAAAUCUUUAAGAGGGACUCCACUGCCCAUUAUAAAAAGAUCUCUGGAGGCACAGUUUGAUGAGUCAGCAUGGAGGGAGCCUUCACUGAUUCUUUUGGACAAUCUUGACAGCAUUGUGCCUGCCCCAGCUGGACCUGAAAUGGAAAUGAGUGCAGAGACUAUCAUUGCCUCUAAAGUGUCCCAAGUUUUGCAAGCUAUCAUCAAAUACGAGAUAGAAAACAACAGCAGAAUUAUGGUCCUUGCCACCAGCAAAUCUAGGUCAUCAUUGCAUCCUUCACUGGUCACCACUCAGGGAAUACAUUUCAUUCAGAAGACUUUGGACAUUGGCUUUCCUAAUAAAGCUACCAGGGAAAAAAUUUUGAAAGCUGUGUUAGCAGGACAGUUGGGUCUGUCACAUAAAAACAGUCAGUGGCUGGAGCUUAGUUUACUGGCUGCAAAGACAGAAGGUUAUGUGGCCAGGGACUUGGAGUCAUUAGUCAACAUGGCCAUCCACAAUAAACUUGUUAGAACCAGAGAGGCUCCUAAAAAUGGCUUACUCUUGACAUUUGAUGAUUUUGAGGAUGCUUUGCAUACUUUCAAGCCUGUCUCCGUGAGACACAUUCAGCUGCACAAACCUGGAGAGCUUGGAUGGUCAGAUGUCGGAGGACUGGCACAUGUCAAGACAUCCCUUGAAGAAACUUUAAAAUGGCCUUCAAAGUACCCAGAGCUGUACAAUGCUUGUCCACUUCGCAUGAGAUCAGGGAUACUGCUGUAUGGAGCUCCAGGAACUGGCAAGACACUUCUGGCUGGCGUUGUGGCUAAGGAAUGUGGACUUCAUUUUAUUAGCAUCAAGGGUCCAGAACUACUGAAAAAGUAUAUAGGUGCUAGUGAACAGUCUGUGAGGGAGCUUUUCAUUAGAGCCCAAAAUGCCAAGCCGUGCAUACUUUUCUUUGAUGAGUUUGACUCAAUUGCACCCAAGCGUGGCCAUGACAACACUGGAGUUACUGACAGAGUAGUGAAUCAGCUGUUGACCCAAUUAGAUGGAGUAGAAGGUCUUCAAGGUGUGUUUGUAUUGGCUGCUACCAGUAGACCAGACCUCAUUGACCCAGCUCUCCUGAGACCAGGCCGGCUAGACAAAUCAAUUUUGUGUGAAAUGCCAAACAUUAAUGACAGGCAUGAGAUUCUGCUGGCUCUCUCACAUAAAAUGACACUGGGCAGUGAUGUUGAUCUCCUUGAGAUAGCCCAAAUGUGUGAACACUUCACUGGGGCAGACCUGAAGGCAUUGCUCUACAAUGCUCAGCUGAAGGCCAUUCAUGAGUUCACUGAUGGUAAUGACCUGGCCAGCUCUGUUCGUCUGAGAGGAAACAGUGUAUUGUGCUCUUCCGUUACCCAGGAUGACUCAAAGGCCAAAGUGAAGUUUCCUAACUCCAGGUCAGGAAGCUUUAAUCAUGAAUCCCCAUCACAAACCCAAACACCCAUGACUCCAAGGAACAAGAAAGAUGACUCUCCUAAAGCAAAAUUCUCACCAACAGUGUUUAGUUUUAGCGAUGAUGACAUUAUAUCAAAAAUGAAAAAUGAUCCCACUGCUGGCAGUAGUGACAAAACGUUAGAUAUUGACCUGCAUCUGCGUCCUGAAUUUUCUUUAUUAACCUCAGAGGAAGAGGUUGCAGUGAUUGGCAAGGCUUCAGAAUAUACUAAUAACACUGACUCUGCUAGUGUGUUUCCUGUGUGCAGUCAAGAGGAACCUAUGAAAUAUCGUACACAAGCAAAAAGAAAGCGACACUUAGCAAGAGAAAACAAAUUCAAUAAAGACAAAAAGAUUCAACCUGUAGAUAUUCCUAUGGAAAAUCCUGUGACUGUGUUCACUUCCUUGGAGCAUGGCUUGGCUACACUGUCACCAGAAGAUGAAGAAAGAUACCUGGCUAUGGUGAAAGAAAUUCAACGCCGAGAUGAAGAUCUGUUUCAAGCAGCCAAUGACAAGAGGCGUACCUCCUUACAGUUGGCAUGCCGACCAUCGAAUUUGCUGGAAGUGAGGCAGAGUCAUUUAAAAGAGUGUGCCAAGACCAUGAGGCCCUCAGUGUCAGCCUCUGAGAGGGAGAGAUAUUGCCAAAUCUACCAGAAUUUCAUGUCCUCCAAGACACAGCGCUUCGACAAGCCAGAGGAUCAUCGCGUGGGUUCAAGGACCACAUUGGCUUAACGAGACAGUUGGCUGGUAGAUGUACAGUACCUUGGCUGUGGACAUCUUCAGACUUGGUGUCACCAAACAUUUCUUGGCUAUUUGUGCAAUCUGUUGUCUGCUCACUUGGCAGGAUUAGAAAGCAAAGCCCACUUUAUCUUGCAUUUCUUUGUUUAAAUAUUGGGAUUAAUAACUUGGAUAUACAAGAUAUAAUGUGUGACGGAAUGAUUGAAUGAUAAUUGGAAUGUCAGUUUGAAAUAAACUGUUGUAGAAGAGAGAGAGAGAGAUUAUAUACAUAUAUAUUGUGUUUUGUAUUUCAAAAAAGUAAAGUUCCUCUUUCAGACCUUGCAGUCUAUAAGGCAGUUGAUGUAAAGGUCAUCUGUUUCUGUGGCCCUUGGUUAAAGAGGGUGUCAGGUGGCCAACGGCUAACCGCCUUUACUUUUCCCCAACUAAUGUGAGGUACGCACUAGAGCUUGGUGCACUCAGAGGCGCCCUAAGAAUUAAAAUUCCAGUCUUUACCAUAAUUUGAACCCAAAACUCUCUGUCUGGAAGCCAAGUGCUUUACCACACAGCCACCGCACCUCCUAUAUAUAUAUAUUGUAUGCUUGUUAUAAUUAAUAAUGAUAAGGAUUUUCAUUUCCAGAGACUUUUGUUACCCAUUGUGUUGAAUUUUUGCUGUACAUUUGGUUGACAAUAGGACUUUCAUUGUGUUUAAAAUGACUUCUGUAUGUAUCGGGUAAUUAUGUUGAUGAUGACAUUAUGAGUAAAAGAAAAUUAAAGAUUUUUUUAAAGGCUCAAAAGUUUCUUACUUUGA